AUGGUGCGACUAACAUUGGAGCUUAUUGCUAGAAGCCUUAAUCAAAAGAAUCGCAGAGAUGAAUCUUUGGCUCAACAACUGAGGAAGCUAACACAUCUGAAAUUAUCUAAUAAAAAUAUAGAUGUCAUUGAUGAUCUUUCUUUGUGUAAAAAUCUUAAUGUCCUAUAUUUAUAUGAUAAUAAUAUUAGACAGAUACAUAACUUGGACUUUGCAACAAAUCUAAGACAUCUGUACCUGCAGAACAACUGCAUUAUACGAAUUGAAAAUCUAGAAUCAUUGAUAAGACUUGAAAAAUUAUAUUUAGGUGGCAACUGUAUCACUGUAGUGGAAGGCUUGGAGACUUUAGAGGAACUGAGAGAAUUGCAUGUUGAAAGCCAGCAGCUUCCCUUAGGAGAAAAGCUCUUGUUUGACCCAAGAACUCUUCAUUCAUUAUCCAAAUCUUUAUCAGUUUUGAAUAUCAGCAAUAAUAAUAUUGAUGAAUUAAGUGACUUAUCUAUUCUGGAAAAUAUUUACCAUCUUAUAGCUGUUGACAACCAACUUCAUCACAUAAAGGAUUUGGAGUUUGUUCUGAGUAUAUGGACUAAGUUGUACAAAAUGGAGCUGAAUGGGAAUCCUGUUUGUCAUAAGCCAAAAUACCGAGACAAAGUAAUACUGCAGUCAAAAUCUCUUGAACUGCUGGAUGGAAAAGAAAUAAAAGAAAUGGAAAGACAGUUCCUGACAAAUUGGAAAGCCUCCAGAGAUGCCAGGAAGAAAAACAAAGUAGAAAGCUUCAUUAAUGAGCAUGCAUCAUAUUCACAUUUUGAUGAUAAUGAUGCAGAACAUACACAUUUUCCUAUCUACCACUUCCCAGUCUCAAGAGAGAUACACAGAACUCCUUAUAAUAAAGAAUCUCAGCCAGUAUAUGAAGAAAACAGAAAUAGUGAAAAAAUCAGCCAUUCAGCCUUGAAAACUUCACAAAAUGAACAGAAAGACCUAUUUGAACCUCACCUCCUUAGACAAAUGCCUCUCUAA